AUGGUUGUGAAGUGGUACCGGAGAGGAGUUGAUGAAAGCGUGAUGGCUUACUUCUGGCGUGAACUGGUCCUUUCAACAGCCCAGACGGGAAUCGAACUUGCGUUCGGCUCGUGUAGCAGAGCCGCAGCUAAUCGGUAUUUUUAUUGUGACAUUGUCAAGGCGAGCAUACAUCUUACAGUAAGUACAGUUGGCAAAGCCAUUUGUAUGGAAAAUGUACAGAUUGUCUCGACGCCUUCUAGGACGACCUCGACGCAAGACGGAGAAAAGGGUACAUCCGUCAUUAGCGCGAAUUGGAAGGAGCGCACCAACCUCGCGAUGCCCCCUACAUGUCAUGUAGCUGGAUGCAUUUGA